GCAGCAAAAGAAAUCGACGUGAGAUCGCGGCGUGUUUACAUUAGCAGCGCGUGUUAUUUACAUUGCUGUGUGUAUCCCUCUCUGUGCGUGUGUAUGUGUAGUAUUUGCGAGUGUGUGUGUUAAGUGUCUGCGUUUAUAUUUAAUGUUAACAUCGAAUGUGUCUUUAAGUAGCGCAUUAAAUUAAGUCUCUGACUGUGACUCUGACUCUGACUCUGACUCGGGAAAAUCAUCGAGUUAUAUAAAAUUUUGCAAUUGCGUUUUGCGUGUUCUGACUAAAUUAAUUACAAAAUGAGCAACGAAAGGGAUGAGGAGUACAGCAAAAUCGUGCCACAGAAGAUGGCAUAUCAUAUGGUGCCUGGCUCGGAGUUCCAGUGCAAAGUGCCCAUGUCCAUGUCGAUGUCCAUGUCGAUGCCGAUGUCGAUGUCGUCGCACAAGGUGCGCAAAUUGUCGACCAUCGAUGAGCAGGAUUACGAUGCGGCCAAUCGUCGAGGCAUGAUUAAUCAGAUUCUAUCCACUUGCGCUGUUCUUUUGCUCUCUGCUGGAUGUGGCAUGCCCAUUGGCUACUCAGCGGUUCUGUUGCCGCAGCUCAGCUUGAAUUCGACGGAGGUGCCCAUAGAUGUUAGCACUGGAUCUUGGAUAGCCAGCGUACACAGCUUGGCCACGCCGUUUGGCUCGCUAAUCUCUGGACCACUGGCCGAUUACUUGGGCCGUCGCAAGACGCUGCUGGUAUCGGUAAUACCCCUGUUCCUGGGCUGGAGCACAAUGGCUAUGUCGAACUCGGUGAAGGCUUUGAUAUUUGCGCGUUUCCUCUGCGGCUUUGCGACUGGAAUUCUGGGUGGACCCGGUCAGGUGUACAUAGCCGAAACAGCUGAGCCCAAUCUGCGCAGUCUGCUCAUUGGCGCUCCGUAUGUGGCCUAUUCCUGUGGCAUUCUGCUCGUCUAUUCGCUGGGCACCGUUCUGUACUGGCGCGACGUGGCUUGGUGUGCCAAUAUCUUACCUGCUUUGGCUGUCAUCUCCAUUUACUUCAUACCGGAGACACCAGCUUGGCUUCUGCGCAAUCGACACGAUAAGCGGGCGCUGCAGGCGCUCACUUUUCUGCGUGGCAGCGAGAUCACCGCCCAGAAGGAGCUGAACGAUAUGAAGGUUCGCUUGGAGAAGGAGCGCGCUACGACCAACACGAAUGAGAACAUCUUUAAGCUCUGCUGCCAGCGUGUGGCCAUUAAGCCGCUGUUCAUUGUGGUUGUCUUCUCGCUGCUGCAAAUGUUCUCCGGCACCUUCAUCGUGAUCUUCUAUGCCAUUGACAUCGUGUCUGAGUUCGGAGCUGACUUCGAUACGAAGCAGGCGGCCAUUUGGACAGCGGCUGUGCGGGUGGUCUGCUGCAUGAUCUUCUGUGGUAUCUUGAUCUUUGUGCGCCGACGUCUCAUCAUGAUCCUCUCGGGCAUUGGCUCGGGCGUCUUCUGCCUGGCUCUAAGUGUGUUUAUGUAUAUACGUAUGGAUCAGCCCAAGAUGCCUUACGAUGUGCUCGUGGCUGGUGGCUGCCUCCUCGGUUACAUAGUGUUUAAUACGGCUUUGAUGGUAAUGCCGGGCAUCAUGAUCGGGGAACUGUUUCCCGCACGUAUUCGUGGGCGCACGGCUGGCGGAGUAUUUGCCUCGAUGAAUGUGGCUCUUUUUAUCUUUGCCAAGGGCUUUCCGGCGCUCCAGGCGUUUCUGAAAAUGCGCGGAGUCUUCCUUGUGUUUGCCGCCUCCAGCUUUCUGCUGACAGUAUUCAUGUGCCUGUUCCAGCCGGAGACAAAGGGUCGUAGUCUGGAACACAUCGAGGACUACUUCAAUGGUAACAAUUGGCUCUGGCUGAAACGCGAUCGUGGCUACAAGACGGUCAAGCUGCUGCCACUGGAACCGCUGGUUGAGAAUCGCCCACUGCAGCGCAAUGUAGAAAAUGCCUAAGCAUAGGAUUCUUUUUUAUUUAGUUUUUAAACAGGACUCAAAGAUUCCAUAAUUUGUUAGCUAGUAUUAUGCGUAGCUUCUAAUUACGUUGGAGUACCUCGUAGCAGUAAUCUUAGUGCCUUUCCAGUGUUCCUCAGCAACUCCUAUAUAUCACCAAAAACAAAUAUUUUGAACUCAAUUUCUGUUAAUUUAACAAAUGUGAUUUUUGCAAUUAUGCAUUAGAUUUUUAAAGUCUCGACAUAGAAUACAUAUGCCUUAUUUGUACGAUAAUAUGAU